AAAGAGACAACCCUCGACGUCACCAACGACCUCGCCGUAGCCACGAGUAAGCACAUAUUGGUCGCUGCCCAGAACCUGCAAGAGCUUGAGCGCGUGGCUUGCAAUCUUGGUGUCACGAAGCUUGAAAACGUUCACCCUUCUGACGAGGCCGACGACAAGAUGGCUGGUCGAUUCCCCCUUCUCAGCACCUCAAACCUCCCCGCUGCCAGCGCAGAGGAGGCCAGAAACACCGCCUCUCCUGCCCGUGGCACCGCCAUGCUGAACAGCAUCUUCAAAUCUGUCCGCGUCCCUGAAUUCAGGUUCAAAUGGCAAUUCUGGGCCGAAAAAGGCCAAUCUGGCUCUACCCCGGCACCAAAAGACAAGGCUAGCAUUGACGAAUACGCAUCCCGCCCAAAGCCCCUCGGGGAAACCAUCAUCUCGGUCAAGGAAUUCUACCAACACUUUAACAAUAUCCCAACUGACUCCCUCAAACUCCGCGACUCGAUUCACCUCUUCCAUCUCGGCGUGAAACCUCUUUGGGAAGAUCCACGUAAUGCGCGUGGUGGCGCUUGGUACUUCAAAGUCAAGGAGAAUGCGGCGCAGAUCUGGCAUGAGAUUUGUUUACUGGCCGUGGGAGAUGUGCUUCAGGGUGCCGUGGAGACGAAACGGGAGACUUUUAACGACGAUAUCUGCGGUGUCAGCUACUCCGUUCGUUGGAAUACUGUGCAGAUUGCUGUCUGGAACCGGGAUGCGGAGAACAAAGAAGGCAUCGAUAGGUUGUUGCAAGUCAUCCUGGAAAAAUUAUCGGAUGAUAUUAAGCCGAAGGGUAAAGAUAGCUAUUGGUACAAGGCACACAGUAGCCAUAAGGACUAUGUUGCGCCGGCUGAGACCCAGACUAGGGAUGCUUGA